UACAGUUACUCACUUCCCUUUAUCUUAUAACGCUCUUAUGUUUUGUCUGAAGCCAACCCAGAAACAUUCACCUCCUUCAAUGGACUUCAUUUUCUCUUUAUCUUUAACUCUCUUUUGUUCUCUCCUCCAUUUCUCAGCAUCGUCUUUCAUUCCUCCUGACAACUACCUCAUCAACUGUGGAUCAACCUCAAAUACUUCUCUUUACAACCGUCUCUUCACUCCUGAUGCUUCUUCUAAAUCUGUUUCUCUCUCAAAAGACAACUCCGUUUCACUCACAAACCACAACCCAUCUCCAAAUUCUCCUUUUAUAUACCAUACGGCUAGAGUUUUCACCUCUGACUUUAGCUACAAGUUUAACAUCAAGAAUAACGGGACUCAUUUGGUACGUUUCCAUUUCUCGCCAUUUGCUUCUCGAGAUUUUGAUUUAACUUCCCCAACUGCAAAGUUUAGUGUUUUUGUUAAUGGGUUGUCUACGCUUAAAGUUUUUAAUACUCAAGUUGUGGUGCUUAGAGAGUUUAUUGUGAAAGUAGAAGGUGAUGUGCUUGAGAUUAUGUUUAGGCCUGUUAGUGGUUCGAGUUUUGGGUUUGUUAAUGCAAUUGAAGUUUUUUCAGCUCCUAAUGACUUUAUUUUAGAUGUUGGAGCUAAGCUGAUUAGUGAUAGUGGGGCUAUUCAAGAGUACAGGAAUCUUUCUUCACAGGUUUUAGAGACUAUUCAUAGGAUUAAUGUUGGAGGUUCGGAACUAACCCCUUUUAAUGAUACUUUGUGGAGGACUUGGAUCCCUGAUGAUGAAUUCCUUGUUUUGAAAUCUGCUGCAAAGCGUGUAGUCACCACUCACACACCGAACUACCAAAAGGGUGGCUCAACUCGAGAGAUUGCGCCCGAUAAUGUUUACAUGACUGCACAAGAGAUGAAUAGGGAUUAUCAAACUAUUGGUGCAAGAUUUAACAUCUCAUGGGAUUUUCCUGUGGGCUUGAGUAGUGUUCGACACUUAAUUCGACUGCAUUUUUGUGAUUUUGUUAGUUCUUCUCUUAAUCAACUCUACUUUAAUGUGUUCAUUAAUGAAUACUCUGCCUAUGACCCUGUUGAUUUGUCGGUAAUGACAUUCCAUGAGCUUUCAUCUCCACUUUACAUAGACUUUGUUGCGAAGUCGGAUGAUUCUGGGGUUAUACGUGUAAGUGUUGGGCCUUCAAUUUUGAGUACUUCUUCAAAUAUUAAUGCUAUUUUGAAUGGAGUAGAGAUCAUGAGGAUGGUAAAUGUUGUUGGUACGGCUGGUUCAGAAACUGGAACCAAAAAAACUUGGAUUGUGGUGGGUUCAGUUGUUGGAGGCUUCAUCAUAUUGUGUUUAGUUGCAGUUGUAGUUCUGCUCUCAUGUAAAUGCAAGAAGAAGAAACCAAAACCAAGACCUGCAGAAAGUGUAGGCUGGACCCCUUUACGUGUUUAUGGAGGCAGCUCACACAGUAGAAUGUCUGAAGGGACUGUCAAUGCAUCUCCAGGGACAAAUGGAUAUCACGGCUUAAGAAUCCCUUUUGCUGAUAUACAACAGGCGACGAACAAUUUUGAAAAGAGUCUAAUUAUUGGUUCUGGUGGAUUUGGUAUGGUUUACAAGGGGGUUCUUAGAGACAAUACAAAAGUUGCUGUUAAAAGAGGUGUGCCAGGAUCUAGGCAGGGACUACCAGAAUUCCAGACUGAAAUAACUGUCUUGUCCAAGAUUCGUCAACGCCAUCUUGUUUCUCUUGUUGGUUAUUGUGAAGAACAGUCAGAAAUGAUACUGGUAUAUGAAUACAUGGAAAAGGGGCCACUGAAGAAACAUUUAUAUGGUUCGGGAAUAUGUACACCUUUAUCUUGGAAACAGAGGCUUGAAAUAUGCAUUGGUGCGGCUAGAGGCAUUCAUUACCUUCAUACAGGUUCAGCACAAGGAAUCAUCCAUCGUGACAUUAAAUCUACCAAUAUCUUGCUUGAUGAAAAUAAUGUAGCCAAGGUUGCUGAUUUUGGUCUUUCAAGAUCUGGCCCAUGUCUCGAUGAAACACAUGUCAGUACCGGAGUGAAAGGUAGUUUUGGAUAUCUCGAUCCAGAGUAUUUCCGAAGGCAGCAGCUUACAGACAAAUCAGAUGUUUAUUCAUUUGGUGUUUUGCUUUUCGAAGUUCUUUGUGCUAGACCUGCUGUUGAUCCAUCGCUUUCUAGGGAACAAGUGAAUUUAGCAGAGUGGGCAAUGCAAUGGCAGACGAAGGGAAUGCUCGAGCAAAUUGUUGAUCCUCAAAUUAUUGGAAAGAUCAGUCCUGCCUCUUUAAAAAAAUUAGGAGAAACGGCAGAGAAAUGUUUAGCUGAAUAUGGUGUCGAUAGGCCAACUAUGGGUGAUGUCUUGUGGAAUUUGGAGUAUACGCUUCAGCUUCAAGAUUCUGCUGGACCAUCAAGAGAACCGCAUGAAGACAGCAAUACAAAUGCACCAGAGCUACCAACACCUGAAAUUGAUCCCCAAGUUCCAUCUACAAGCGUACGAGUGGAGCGAGAUGAUGGCAGCUCAGACUUGAGAACAAGCCAAGUCUUUUCCCAGUUGAUGACCAAUGAAGGCAGAUAAUUAAUACAUGCAUACGAGGUUCCCUCUGUAGUGACACUUUCAAGGACUUACUCAAAUUAUCUUGGAUCGAGGUACUAAUUUGAAGUUCGGUCUUCUCUUUAAAUUUUUAAUCAAGCACAGUUGUAUCUUGACUUUCACGUAGGUUUCUUAAAAAUGUUUAGGCUAUUAGAUGAGUUAAAAAGAUGCUGUGUUAUCUUUCAAGAUUUUUUUUUCUUCUAUGUAGCUAAGAAGAUACUGCGUUAAUGAUAAUAAACCUGUAAUUGUUUAGAAUUAAGCACACAUAUUGCUGUUGCCACAACUUGUCUAUCUGAAUGAGGCCUAAACUUUCUUUUCCUCUCCUCUUUCUAAAC